AUGUUACAGAAUAUGAAAGAGGAAGAGGUGAAUCGAUGCCAGAUUCAGGAGUGGUAUCCAAAGUUCAAAUCUGUAUCCAUCAAGACCUUAAUUCAUCAACUUCCCGAGUCAUUUAUUCAGUACCUUCUUGAUGACUCAGGGCCCUUCCUGUUACCUGAUUCUGUCUUAAACGAAGAUGCGUUACCCAAUAGAAUUCAUAAUCCGAAUGAGGAAGAAGAUUUUGAGGUGUCUGAGGGAUCUGAUGAUGAAGCAGAAGAAGGUUCUCCACCACCUUCUUUUCCAGAACUUGAAUUGAAAAUUAAGGAAUCUAUUGAGUCCCUUGGCGGUGCCAUCUUUCCCAAGCUGAAUUGGAGUGCCCCAAAAGAUUCAGCUUGGAUAAGUACUGCUGUUACGCUUCGGUGCACCAGUUUCAGUGAGAUUGCGCUUUUAUUUCGAGCAUCUGACUCAUUGGUCCAUGACUUGUGCCAUGCGUAUGAUUCUUGCAAUGAUAAAUCUUUGACUAGACCCCAAAAUUUCUUUCUUGCUCUUCGGAAAUGGUAUUCGUCCCUUCAGCCAGACAUGGAAUUUCGAUGUUUCAUACGAGAUCAGAAAUUAAUUGGAAUUUCUCAACGUGAGGUUACUACUUUUUAUCCUCUUUUGCUUGAAAAGAAGAAUGAUCUCCUUUUAAUGAUCCUUGCAUUUUUCAACAAUCACGUUAGGGCUAAAUUUGAGUCAAAAAACUACACGUUUGAUGUCUAUAUUACAAGGGAUGAGAGAGUUAAGGUUGUGGAUUUCAACCCUUGGGGUGCCUUUACAUUACCAUUGUUGUUUACAUGGGAUGAGUUAGAGCAUAUUCAUAAUGAAGGAAAUGAUGUGGAGUUUAGAAUUGUGGAAGAUCAUUGUGCUGUUAGGCCAGGCCUUAAAACAGCAGUUCCAUUUGAUUACUUGGAUACCAGUGCGGGGAGUGGUUGGGAUCAAUUUAUAAGGAAUGCAGAUGAAGAGUUAAGCCGACAAUCUAUGGAAGCUGGUGCCUGA